UUUUUUUUUUUUUUUUUUUUGAAGUUUUUAGAAAGAAAAAAAAAAAAAAAUGAUGAUUAGUGAAGCAACACCGUUUUCUCAUCCUUUUAAUUUCAACGACAUUCAAAGAGUUCAUCCACUUUCUGCUUCGCCCGGUAAUAGUUCGUUCUUUCGUACAACGUCUCCGGUGCAGUCUUCUUCUACGAUGGAUGAUGUUACAACGAUCUUUGUAGUUGGAUUUCCCGAGGAUAUGGCCGAGAGAGAGUUUCAAAAUAUGUUUAUCUUCUGUCAAGGGUUUGAAGCAGCCUCCUUAAAAUGGCAUUGUAAAGACGGGGAAGAAGAAAGUAUCCCCAGCAAUGGUGGCAAGAAGCAAAUGAUCGGCUUUGCCAGAUUUCGCACUCGCUUAGAGGCACUGGAAGCAAUUGAAGUGUUGAGCGGUAAAAAGAUUGAUCAGGAAAAGGGAACUGUAUUAAAGGCAGAGAUGGCAAAGAAGAACUUACACAUUAAGCGAGGAAGUGCUACUCAAACAAGCACAUCUACAUCUUCUUCUACCUGCUCCACCACAAUCACACCUGCUCCUUCAUCUAUUCAACCAUCAGCUAUCAAUGAGUUAAAGUCAAGAUAUGACUCCUUCUCACCUUUACCUACAGAUUUACUCUCGCAAGAUCUAUAUGAUUCCUCGUCCUUUAAUGAUUCCUUAUUCGGUAUUCGCUCGCAAUCCUUUGACCAAGACUUGGGCUUCAUUUCUUCUCGUGCAUUCAGUCUACAUCACCAACAUCCCUCUCAACUACAACAACAACAACAACAACAACAACAGCAUCCUAUUCAUCACCAGCACCAGCAGCAGCAGCAACAGCAACAUCAGCAUCCCAUUCAGCAUCAGCAUCAGCAUCCCAUUCAACAACAGCAGUAUAAUAAUAACAAUGAUCCCUACCAUUACCUUUCCAAGUCUACGCCCGUCGAUAGAUUUGACUCGGUUUUAGAACAUGACCUGAUGCGCAUGGGCUCUCUUUCCAUCAAUACCUCCAGCAUGGACUUGCGUUCUCCUAGUAUUUCCUCCCCUACCACUACCACCACUACCACUACCACUUCUACCUCUCUGCUGGCUAACCGCUUACCUAAUCCCGCCGAUCAAAAUCCCCCCUGUAAUACACUGUAUGUGGGUAAUUUGCCACCCAAUACAUCAGAGGAAGAAUUACGUCUGGUCUUUUCCAACUGUAAAGGCUACCGUCGCAUGUGUUUCCGUACAAAGCCUCAAGGUCCCAUGUGCUUUGUAGAGUUUGAAGAUAUUGUGUUUGCCUCACAAGCUUUGAAUGAAUUACAAGGGCAUAAUUUAACAAACUCCGUCAAAGGUGGAAUUCGCUUAAGCUAUAGUAAAAAUCCGCUCUUUAUUAAACCUACCUCCUCCAGUGGCAACAAGGAAAACGGCUUGAUGAGUUUCAAGCAAAUGGGCAAUGCUCUCUUGAAUAGAGACUACAUGUUCGAUCCUCAAUUGUAAUCUUCUUUUUCCAUCUAAUUUAGACUCUUUUUUUUUAUCUCUUUCUCUUUUCUAUACUAUCUUUUUUUUUCUUUCUUUCUAUUAUUAUUUAACUAUUAUUUUAUCCCCUUUGUCAUAAAAAUUACUACUAUUUUCAUCCCCCUCACACACUCACACACCAUUCCAACAUUAAAAAAAUAAAUAAAAAAAACCCUUCUUUUUUCAUUGUAA